UCCCUCUCCAUCUCUACUUUACUGUGACCUAAACUGCUACUUUGAAUGAUAGAGGGGACCCAGUGUGUAACGCACACACUCUGAGCUAAUUUAGAGAGCUAUAGCAGGUUGGAUCAGGAGCCCCUGUCUCUCUCUCUAUCUCUCUGUCUGUCCGCUCAUCUGUGGUUGUGUAUGGGAGAGGAGGGCUAACAUGGACUUGGUGGGUCUCUCUCUGCCUCUAUUACUUGUGUUUUGGCAAUGGACAAAUACCACAGGCGCCGCCGUGACGUACUGGACGUACACGGGUUCAGUAGGCCAAUCCAAGUGGGCGGAUUACUUCCCAGACUGUGGUGGUAAGGCCCAGUCUCCGGUUGACGUGGCAACGGUCCAGACCCAGUAUGACCCCAGCCUGGGCCCUCUUACCCCCCUCGGUUAUAGCCAGCACGGCAACAAACCCUUCAGCCUCUACAACAACGGACAUACAGUGGUGGUUCCUCUCCCAGGCUGGAUGGGUUUAGGGGGGCUGCCCUGGCAGUUCACGGCCGUCCAGAUGCACCUGCACUGGGGCAAUGGAGCCCCGGAGGCCGGGGGCAGCGAGCACACCAUCAACGGUCAGAGAUCCGCAGCAGAGCUGCAUGUGGUGCACUACAACUCAGACCUGUACCCUAACAUGUCAGUGGCUAUGACCCAGCAGGAUGGACUGGCAGUCCUGGGAGUCCUCAUAGAGACAGGUGAGGAGGCUAACCAGGCCUUUUGGAACAUUCUCAACUACCUGGGUCGCAUCAGACAUGCAGGUCAGAGUGUGUCCAUCCCAGCCUUUGAUGUCCAGGCCCUCCUGCCCUCUGACCUGGGGCGGUACUACCGAUACAAUGGCUCUCUCACCACUCCUCCCUGCUUCCAGAGUGUCCUCUGGACCCUCUUCACAGAGACUGUCAAAAUCUCACACACACAGCUGAUGAAGCUGGAGACAGUGCUGUAUGCCAGUAAGGAGGACGCUGACCGCGUCGUCAUGCAGGACAACUACCGUACACCCCAACCACUUAACGACCGGACCAUCCUCUCAUCCUUCCCAUUAGAAUCAGUGAAGGUGUACACUGCCGGAGAGAUCACAGCGAUAGUAAUAGGAGCUCUGUGUGGCUGUGUUGGUGUGGCUGUCAUCAUUCGCUUCAUAGUGAAGACUAUACGCUCCACCUCUAGCUGGGACGUCCUGCCCAGUGUCCGGCCCGCCCCCGUGCCCAGGACUAUGGAGCCAGGGAAGGAGCUGAAACAGGACGUGGCCCUCAACACGACCACUGAACCAGGAAAAAAGAAGAUCCUGUCCCCCUCAGUCUGA